AAUUAAAAAAAUUUCAAAUGGUUGAAACUCCAUAUUGGGCACUAAAUCAAAAAGUUGCAAGACUAAUGAACCAAUCAUUAAAAAUAUUUUUUUCUGUGAAGUCUCCAAAACCUCCCCAAGUGGAAACCUCCCUAAGUAAAAAUUUUUUCCUGGUCCCUUGAAAUUUGACAUAGAGAGGUUUGACUGUAAUUCCAAUGCAAAUCUCAAGGGAAUCAAAUUUUAUAAUAUGUGACAUAUUUAGGAGUCAAAGAAAAGCCAAAAACACACAUAUUUUUUCAAGUCUUAUAAACGUCGCUGUUUUUCAAAAAUUAUACUUCGUGAUGAAGACUUUUAAACAAUCAUGCAGUUAUUUUACAAAUUUUUUUUCAUGCUUCAGUCAAGAAAGAAUUGGAAAUGGAUGCAGAUGUUUAUCGUGUCCGAAGUCCAACACGUGAUGAGGGUGGAUUCUUUGGAAAGUUCUCACCCAAUUUACCAAGAAGUCUUCAACCCAGAUCAAAUUGUGGAAAUGUUCGAUGAUAUAUCCUACGGCAAAGGUUCUGCCAUCAUUUGGAUGAUGAACAACUUCUUGACAGAGGCAACUUUCAAGAAGGGCUUGAUUUCGUAUCUGAAAGACAAGAGCUUUUCCAAUGCGGAAACGGAAGAUUUGUGGAGGUAUUUGGACUUGGCUGCUCAUGAUGACAAAAGUCUGCCUGAUGAUCUUUCAGUCAGUCAAAUCAUGAACGCCUGGACGAGACGCACUGGGUUCCCGGUUGUGACACUGACCAGAGACCCCAAGCACAACACUGCAACUCUUACCCAAGUAAUUAGUGGGGCAACUGAUUAUUACUAA